AUGUUUAGGACAGCGGCAACAAAAAUCGCGCACAAUUCAACGAUCCCAGCCCUGGGAGGCAAUCAGGACCUGAGACCACUGCAGGACCUCAUCACCGCUGAGAAAGCAGUGUUAAUAUCGCUGCAAAAGCUCAGCGUGGACUAUUCCAAGGCCUCAGAGGCGCUACGGACAUGGGGGCUGAAUGAGGGUGAUGACCUCGGUGACAUUCUGAGUGCAUCCACGACAAUCCUAAACCACUUCUCCGCUGCACUAUCUCAAUAUGCGACUCACGGCCAUUCCAUGCGAGACCAGCUCAAAGCGAUCCGGACAAGAGAAGAGUCUCUGGCAGACUUGAAACAGAGGAGACGCACGGUAGUUCGCAAGGCCGAAGACGCGGAGAAGAAACUGAGUAAGAUGAGCCCAGAGCACAAGAACCUUGCGAUGCAGACCGACUUGCUGAACCGACUAAGAGACGAGAUACGGACGAUGGAUUCGGAUAUUAUGACCGAGGAAGCUGCGCUCGGCGACUUCAAGCGCUCUGCAACGAGGGGCUGGAUGGGACUUAAGUUCGGAGGCUUACUAGAGUGUUGCGAGAAGGGAACAAUUGCCGCAGAAUUUGGUAAAAUGAUCAUCUCAGAAAUAUCUGAGGAGAUCACCCAGCCGGGACUUCCCCGAAGCCUGUAUUACGGGCAGAGUAAGACGGAAAAUCUUGUUGCAGAAGCCGGACGAUGCAUCAAUGAAGUCGUACUAUCAACCGUCCCCUCAGUCGGCGCCCGCGAUCGUCGACACUACGAGCAACAACAACAACAAGAUUUGCCCCCUCAGCCUAGCAGCCCAACGGCUGGCUGGGAAACUAAACCGCAGCCACUGCAACCAACUACAUCUGACUACUUGGGCAAUUCGCAACGAGCAUUUGGAAACGAGACGCCUGCAUCGCCCAUUGGUGUCAUUGGGCAAUCCUUCACUGAUCAGCCGUAUGCCCCUCAACAUCGACAACAGCUUUCCGGCGGUUCCGGGUUCCAGUCGCCGCCUAUGCUUCCUGAAAUCCAGUCCGAGUUUGCUGACAGACCUCCUCAAAUCACUGAUGAUUUCGGCAUGAACACGCGCACGGCUGGGUUGAUGGACACGUCGAACGCAGUAGGUGGUAGAUUCGCAACCUUCCCAGUCAAGACCCGUGCUCCUGGUUCUACUGGCGGGUAUUCACUCCAGGAUCCUCCUCGACAACAUGGCCAAGACACGUCCUUCUCUGCCUCGGUCGCCGAAGCAUUGGAUGGGAAAAUGGUUCCAGAGAACCAGUCAUCAUUUGGCGGUAGAAAUGCCACAGGCCAGCCGCCCUGGUCAAGCCCUGGUGCUGCAUCUUUCGAGUUUAGCCCGCCACCUCCGGCUCCCAGCAUGCUCCCUCCUGCCAGUCCUGCUGCUUCCUCUCACCCCCCACCGCCGCCACCAGGCGCGGCCCCUCCCAACCUUACAAACUCGUGGCGCGAAGACACGAUGCAGGCACCCGGCCAUAAUCGUGGCUUUUCGGCCAAUGACGACGCGUUGCUGGCGUAUAUGAUGACACCAUCGGCGUCGGAUGAUUUGCAGACAGAAGAUGGCACGACGAAUGUGUCGACACAUGACAACAACACUCUCGUUGCGCAUAACCACGAAGAAACGGAGCAGCAGCGCAUCAGUAGGCACGUGAGGUUCGGAGAGGUCCAAGAUGUUGUGCAGGAGAUGGAGAAGAAAAAGUCGUUGGAAAAGGAACGGCAGGCCCAGAUAGGGGUUGCAGAGCCAGAGCCAAUUCCCAUCCCCACACAACAGGAUUCAUAUACGACUGAGGGUAAUAAUAAGUCUGACACUGGAAACGGUGAAAGCACCUCUCCGACUAACAAGCCACCCAGUUAUCGCAUUCCUGCCCCCCCUUACGUCUCAGACGAUGACGAAAAGGCUCUCAAUGCCGCUGCUGCCCGGGACGUCGCUCGAGAAAUGGAAAGUCUAAACAGCCAAACCAACCUUUCUAACAUGAACCAGCAAUCCGAAACAGAUUCUAUCGUAGAACGUGGCCGAUCACCACCAGCAUCUCAAGGAUUUAAUGAGAAGACAAGCAUUGAGCGAGAUCGUUCCCCCCUUGCCCCUCCAAAAGCACCAUUCGCAGGCCGCGCAGUAUCACCACAUCCAUACGCUGAGCUCAACGCGAAUGCACCAGCACCCACACCUUACGGAGGACCACUAUCUGCUGCACAGUCGUACGCACAAUCGUACCAAGACCAGGGAAGUCCAUAUGGCUCACCAUCGUUGAAUUCUCCGGCCCAGGCCUACGCACAACCAUACCAAGCAUCAUCAGCUUACUCCCAACCAACUUCUACAGAUAACCUUCAUGCAAAUUCUUCCCUUCCUCCUAGAUUCCAGGCACUCAACCGCUCCUCCGAUAACCAAGUACCACCGCGCUUCCAGUCAACACCAGGUUCGCCUGGCACGACGCACCAGCUUCCGCCUCGAUUUCAGGUCGGUGGUUCCUCCCAGAUUCCGCCGGCGGGGAUAAGCCUGCCAGGACAACAGCAGUUUGACACCGUGCGGAAAGACCCUAAUUCGGAGGCCACGACGCCAUAUCGCACGCCGCCAGAGUAUCCGCGUGCACUUGGAGUCAGUACGUCGUCAUUCACGAGGUCAACGAGCUCGUUAAAUGCCGCAGCAGGCGCGGCGUCUUCGCCUUCUGGGACGGGCCCGUCGGCGUCUGGUCCGCGGACGAUCUCGGCUGCGGCGUUCAAGAGACCGCGUAACGCAAGCACGGACACUGGAGACUAUGUCAAGAAGAGCUUACCGAGCUCGCCAUAUCCUCUGAGGGAUCAGGGUGAGCGUGGGCCUUCUCUGAGCGGCGCUACUGCUGUUGCGCCUCCUCCAACAACGGGGGCGAACCCACAGCCUGUAGGACGUACGCAAGCCGAUGUUGAGGAUGACUACGAUUACAUCAGUGCGUAUGUGAACAGCAGUAAUCCCAGCAGCCCCAUUCGAGGCGACUUCCCAAGCAAUGCACCCGGUCAGGGCACCUCGCUUCCCGCUGGGCUUGGUGGAAAAGCUGGUGGAUAUGGAGAUGGUCGAUUUACUACCGAUCUAGAGGGAGGUUCCUCAUUGCGAUAA